AUGAAACAGCGCCCUCCUCCCUUCCCGUUGAUGUUCGUGAUCUACUGUCUUUGCGCUGUUCAGUUCGCCUCAGGAUUUCCUCAGCCUUUUGCUGGGUAUCUAAGUGAAUCAGACAUUCCUACAAAUGAGAGAUUGGCACUAUGUUUCAGUCAGUGGACGGAGCAGGCUAAUCAGCCCCAGAUCUCCAGUUCUAUUGUGGAUCUCUGUAACUCCAUGUUUAAUAGCAUGCAGAUAGAUGAGGAAAAUAUGCAAGAAAUAUAUAAAAGAUUUUUAUUUCACUACUCCAGAGCUCAAGAUCCAACAUAUCCUCUUAAAGCUGGGGAAUCACAGAUUGCUGCUGCUGAAUUCACCAAGAAGGAUGAUUUGGAUGCCUUGGGACGACCCUUUUUUCUUUUCAGGCCUCGCAAUGGAAGGACAGUGGAUGAUGCUGGUGUCUAG